AUGUCCCAGUUUCUUUCAAGGCUUGAACCGUUGCCCAAGAUCUCAAAUAUUAAUGUGGGUCAGCGUUUGGGUCAGGGGGCUUUCGCUGCUGUUCGGUUAGGAGAACUACUGGGCCCUCCACCUAAUCAGCUUGUGGCGGUGAAAUUUAUCCAUAGAAGAUCGGCUAAUUCUUUAGGUGUGUCUGAUGACCGAAUUGGAUAUGAAAUUCGUAUUCAUAAAGAGUGUAGUGGUCAUCCCAACAUUAUAAAUUUGUUUCUGUCUGGUACAGAUAAUGUUUGGGUUUAUAUGGUGAUGGAAUUAGCAGGUGGCGGAGAUCUUUUCGAUAAAAUUGACCCCGAUGUUGGAUUAUCACCAGAAAUUUCCAAUUUCUACUUUCGUCAGCUUAUAAAUGCAGUCGAUUACAUCCAUAUGAAAGGUGUUGCUCAUAGAGAUAUUAAGCCGGAGAAUAUUUUUAUUGAUGAUGGUGGUAAUUUAAAACUUGGUGAUUUUGGUCUUGCUACUGUAUUUCGUAGACAUGGAAGUGCAAAUGUUCAGUUAUCUUACACACCAUGUGGUUCCGGUCCUUAUAUGGCUCCAGAAAUAGUCGAAAAGGGUGGAAGGGGUAACUGUGGCUAUGAAUCUACUGGAGUUGAUAUUUGGGCUUGUGGAGCUGUCCUUUUCGUUCUCUUGUCAGGACAAAUUCCUUGGGAAGCACCUCUCUAUCAACGUGAUUUCAACUUUACAAGAUAUGUUGAUAUUGUUGCCGAAGGAUCAAAUAUUCCUGAUGAUCCCUGGACAAGGUUUUCUCCUGAGAUUUUAGGUUUACUCAGAGGUAUCAUGAAACCAGAUUGUACUGAAAGAUUUAGCAUGAAACAAAUUAGAGCUCACACUUGGAUGAAUAUGGAUAACAUUUUUAUGGAUAAGAAAGGGAUGUGUUCCGAUUCCGAAGAACUUGCAGAAGAAUUAUAUUCCAGAUUGCAUGUUGCAACAUCAGAAGAUGACUUGCAAUUUGCAAUGUCAUCAUCCUAUGAUAGAGAAUCAUCUCAUUUCAUGCCUAUUGGUGAGCCUAUUGACUCAAUACCUGACUUGUGUUCUUCAUCAGCAUUAUCAUCUUUUGGCGGUGCUUCAGAUUUAUCACAGAAGUUUACAAACUCCCCACACGUUUCCUUAGCCAGACCCUCCAUUAGAACUGAUUCUCAACAACAACUGCAGCAACCUCCAUCUGUUUCAGCUUCACCUUCUCGUGCUAGAGCUACACUUCCAUCCAUUUCCAGUUAUUCUCAACCAGCCAAUAAUUAUGCGGUUAUUAUUGAUGACUUCAGUUCUGAGUUGGUAUUUGCUUCCCAAAAUCCAAGAGCAGAUGUUGCAAAACUUCCGUCUUAUAACAUGCAAGAUGAGCAUGAAAGAAUAUUGGCCAUUGUUUCUAAAGAUCCAGCAGUACUUCAAUUUCGUAAGACGAAAAAGCUGACAGACAAAUCCAAAUACCAAUUCUCCAUCAAAAGUAUGACCCGAUUCUUUUCAACUACACCACUUGAAUCCUUGGUACAUAUGCUUUUAGAUGCGUUCCAUAGGUUGGGAGUAACUUCAGAUUCCAUGGAAAAUUUACGUUCUGAAGAUAUGGCUACUGAGACAGAACUAUACAUUGCUGUUGGAAUCUCUGGUGGGUCAUCCAAGUUUCCCGUUAAAGGGUAUAUUCAUAUCACUCGUCCAGACUCUGCAACCAAUUUCAAACAAGUUGAAUUUGUUAAGCUGAAGGGUGAUCCAUUGGAAUGGCGUAACUUCUUCAAAAAAGUUACUUUACUUUGUAGAGAUGCUGUUUACAUUGACCAAGAGAUUUAG